CUGAUUGGUAGGAUUGGUUUAACUAUAUGGGCCAAUCAAAGUUGAAAACGAAGGCCAAAAGCGGGGCUUACUUGCGUACGAGCCAAUCAGUGCCAAGUCAGUAAACCUUGCCUGGGCUUGUUCAGUCGAGUGUUCGGGACGGGUGGACGUGUCCGCAAAGGUGUGUUGCAGAUGUGAUACUACAUGGAAAGAGCGAUGUCUGAAGCAUGCACUUCAACUGGAAGUAAAACCCAUCGCAAAUCUUGGGGACUUAUCAACAACUACAGAUAUUUAUCCCGGAAAGCCAUGUUCCUCAGUGCAGUGGAGAACGCCAGAGCACGGAAGAAGCAUCAAAAGAAGAAUAACAUCUCCAAUAAGAGAAAAAGGAUAGAGGAAAACAAUAAAACGCCGGACACUAUCCAAAGAGUAAAAAAUAUAAAAUUACCUGCGAGACACACGUGUCUAGAAGUUGAUAGCACUCUAAAAACCACAGACUCAUGGACUCAUGUUGCUAAAUUUGGACUGCCAUUGCCCCCCACAGUAGAUGGUUUACCGAUAGCUGCUUCUGGGGACAACCGUGUAGCCAACCAGCAGACUUCAGAAGGCAAAAAUCUGGUUGGGGCCGCUCUGAGUGAACUAUGGGAGGUGGACAGUGGAUUCUCGUCUGAGGCCAGCCCUCCUGCUAGUGGACGCACUUCUCCCUGCCUCACCAUGUGCCCGACCACUGUGGUGGCAAUGGACUGCGAGAUGGUUGGUACAGGGCUGGCUGGGCGCACUAGUGAAUUGGCACGCUGCAGCUUGGUAGAUUACCAUGGCAAUGUCCUCUACGAUAAGUACAUCCGUCCGUGCCAGGCUGUGACCGACUACAGGACCCGUUGGAGUGGCAUCCAGAGGCACCAUUUACAGAACGCUCUGCCCUUCCCCAAGGCUAGGACAGAGAUACUAGGAAUACUGGAUGGGAAAGUGGUGAUCGGCCAUGCUCUGUACAACGACUUCCGGGCCUUGGAUUUUAACCACCCGGGUCACAUGAUCAGGGACACAAGUGGUAUGCGUCUGCUCAGGCGACUGGCUGGCUUCCCCACAAAGCGCUGCGUCUCACUCAAGAUCCUGGCCAACAGCCUCCUAAACAGGAAAAUACAGGUUGGAAGGAGGGGCCACAGUUCAGUGGAGGAUGCUCUGGCUUCCUUGGACCUGUAUAAACUCGUGGAGGGGGAGUGGGAACAGGACAUGCGAGAGAGGAUGACGGACCGAGGCACAGGCACUCUCCCAGACCCCGCGACCUUAAACCACUACAUGCAGGACCAAUACUGGCCAGAGGACUUGACCGAUGAUGGCCAUUGAGAGAAGCCUGUAUAGGAGGGUUGACGGGGUAGAUGUAGGCCAAGGGGUUUUAAGUCAAAUGAUCCAAGUUUGGCAAGCAUGGCAGUAUGGUUUAGUCAAUAUCAAGCUGCUCUUCUGACUGGCUAGUAACUGAAGUUCAUGGAAAAAGAGGUGAUAUUAAAUGAAUCUGAUUAGCUGAUGUUGCACACAUUCAUGGUGGGAGCCACAGUUUCCACAGGGGAUAAGGUCAUGGCAACACAUCCAGUCGCUCAAUGUCAUGUCAAGAAUGGCAAUCUUGGAACAAAUGCAAUGGCACGGGAUUUAUUUAAUGCAUUGCAUCCAUAUGUCUUUUGUGUAUGUUGAGCAUGUUUGACUUAACAUGUAGAUAAAGUGGUAAUCGGAUACGAAACACAUGCUUAACUUACUACUUGGAUAAUUACAACAAUGCCUGGAAGUCUUAUGGGUAUCUGCUAGCAGCCCUUGUUAUAACACCAGUUAAGAGGUAGUUUUGCAAACCAAUGUUCACUUCCUUCAUACUGGACACACAAUUUUAUUAUCCAUGGAUUCAUCGAACUCUGGAAGUAGAUAAUGGGCCUCUGUGACAAAAUCUUGAAGUAUUCCUUUAACUCACCAUUUAAAGCUUUCUUGCAUGAAAUUACACCAGUAUCUCCCGGUGAGUGGUCCAUUGCCCCUUCAGUCACCUAAUAGUGAACCAUACUGCCAACUUGAUGUUUUAUGCUGCUGUUCUAUGAAGACCCUGCUGUGCCUGUGCCCUAAUUGGAUAUCAAUAUAUUGGAAUAAAAAUAAUUUACGAAAAUGUU